AUGGCCACACAGGAUGUGCAUGAGACCCCUACACAACGGAUCCACCCAAAAGAUAAUGGGCAGCGGCAAAAGUUACAGAAGGCAGCCACAGAGAUCCAGGCCUGGUGGCGCGGGACCCUAGUGCGCCGGACGCUGCUGCAUGUGGCCCUCAGGGCCUGGAUCAUCCAGUGCUGGUGGAGGUCGAUGCAGGCCAAGAUGCUGGAGCAAAGACGGCGCCUGGCACUGAAACUCUACACCUGCCAGGAAUGGGCGGUGGUGAAGGUGCAGACGCAGGUUCGAAUGUGGCAGGCCCGCAGACGGUUCCUCCAGGCACGCCAAGCAGCCUGCAUCAUCCAGUCUCACUGGCGCUGGCAUGCCAGCCAAACCCGGGGCCUGAUCCGGGGCCACUAUGAGGUCAGAGCCAGCCGGCUGGAGCUCGACAUUGAAAUCCUUAUGGCCUAG